AGGGAUUCCAAACAUCCAUGGAAACUUGGUAUCAAGAUUAUUCAUAUCCUUGAAUUCCAUGGAGCCGUCGGACUGCGCAAAACCAAUGAAGAGCUCUGUGUCUGGCCCGUACCAGAUCCCUGAAUGUCAGGAGUGCCCGUUUGUUUUUGUUGAUGGGGAUCAGGUGCCCCUGCCUCGGAUCGACUCGAGGUCGUUGAAGCUUGGAGCGCGGCUGGGGGCUGAUGAGAGCAGCAACUCGCAAGUCUACUCUGCCGAGUAUCGAGAGCCGGUGUCAGACACGAGACAUGUCGUUGCCGUCAAGACCUUCCAGCGAUGCGAGACAGACGAAGAACUACGUGCUGUCCAUCAUGAGAUCGGGUUGCUCACCUUUGCCUCCAACCAACUUCAUCACACGGCACGAUGCAUCGGGUGGUGUGAGAAUAAUGAUGGCAGCCUCGCGGUUGUGAUGAAAAGAUAUCAGCAGUCUCUCUUUGCUAAACUGCAGCAGACCGGAAAGUUUCCUCUAUACAUGGUGAUAGACUAUGGCAAAAAGAUUGCGAUGGCCAUGGCAGAGUUACACGCGUAUAACAUUGUUCUUUGUGACAUGAAGCCUGAAAACAUCUUGUUGGACGAGUUCAACAACAUAGCCAUCUCUGACUUUGGAGUAAGCGUGCUGCUCAAGAAUCACGAGCAAAACUCAUUGGACGAUCACAUUCUACACGGAACUUUCAACUACAUGAGCCCCGAGGCCUUCGACCCACACACCUUCGGGCGGUUGUCAACCAAGUCGGAUUGCUGGAGUUUUGCUUGCUGCAUCAUUGAAAUGAUCACGGGGAAAAGCCCUGGCACACAGGUCACGCACUGUAGACAGCAUCCAGACAUCCCGUCGGGUUUGCCUGAGGAUGUCAAGCAGCUGCUGGCUUCAUGCUUCUCCUUUGAUAGCGCGAAGAGGCCGUCCUUCAGACAGAUCUACAGCAUGUUUGCUCAGGCCCAGAGGAUACCCGGCGAAAGGAAGGAGCAUUCUCUACCAAGAAGUUUUGAGGAGGCGAAGGAAUUGUGGGAUUCAGAUCGUAAGAACAUGUUAACCAAGAUCAAGAACGAUGCGGAAGUUAUCUCUCAACUGCAAUCAUCGAUCAAACAUUACCAGGAUGUCAAUGAAAAACUGCAGGAGCAGCUCGUCUCGGUUGUGAACGGAUUCCGAGAGAGCCAGAGACUGUCGAAUGCGCAGCAUGGGGCCGAACAGGGUGCUGGGCAGAACGGAUCGGCAACGGAUGCAUUGAAGCAGUGUCAGAAGCAGAAGGAGAUCGCAAAACAGAUGCUGCGACAAGAGAGCGCUCGAACGCGCGAGUUGUCAGAGCAGGUGACGAAGCUGCUCAGCAUGAAGUCAGACAUGCAGAUGCUGCUGAGAGAAAUCUUCUUGGAUUCUCGAGUCGCCAUGGAUCAAGUGUCUGUGAUGCUUGCUGACACGAUGGACCAAGAUCGUGUGAUUUCUCAUGUCAAACCUCAGGGUCCUCUUGUUCGGGCGCAUGUCGGACAUGCGAACGUCGUUCGGUUCCCCCCUGGGAGUGAGGGGGGAGGAUUCAUGCAGGAGGAGCUGACGGUAGAGGACUGGAAGCAUCUCUACCUGGAGAACCUAAGCUUGUCUCAAGCCUCCACCCCUGCCAUCUCAGCCUACAACUCACUUGAAACCAACGCGCAUGGCGACCUCCGACUAGUCUGAGGUCGCCUCUGUGAUGGUUGGCGAAUAAACCUCUUAAUCUCUUGCUU